AUGAGUGCGGUGCUGCAGGGAGCGCUGCGGCGGCUGCGGCCCCCCCGCCGGCCCGGGCCCCUCGGCGCGGCGGCCCUGCGGCCCCUCAGUGCCCAGGGGCGGAAAGAAACCUCGUCUCCUUCCUUAGGGAAAGACAGAGCAGACACAGUGAUUAUUGGAGGUGGUUGUGUUGGUGUGAGUCUAGCCUAUCACUUGGCUAAAGCUGGCUUGAAGGACGUUGUUCUGCUAGAAAAAUCUGAGCUCACUGCAGGAUCUACCUGGCAUGCAGCUGGUUUAACGACUUAUUUUCAUCCUGGAAUAAACCUGAAGAAAAUCCAUGCUUACAGCAUCAAACUCUAUGAGAAGCUGGAAGAAGAGACUGGACAGCCUGUGGGGUUUCAUCAGCCUGGCAGUAUCAGAAUUGCUUCAACUCCUACUAGGGUGGAUGAAUUCAAAUACCAAAUGACUCGUGCUGGUUGGCACCCAACAGAGCAGUAUCUAAUCACUCCUGAAAAAGUGCAAGAGCUAUUUCCCUUAUUGAACAUGGAUAAGGUUUUAGCUGGCCUGUAUAACCCUGGAGAUGGUCAUAUUGAUCCCUAUUCUCUAACUAUGGCCUUGGCUGCAGGAGCCAGAAAAUACGGUGCUCAAUUAAAUUAUCCUGUCCAAGUGACUAAUCUGAAAUCCCGAUCAGAUGGAACAUGGGAAGUUGAAACUCCACUUGGAACAAUUCAAGCCAAGAGAAUUGUGAAUACUGCAGGCUUCUGGGCCCGUGACAUAGGCAAGAUGAUUGGCCUGCAACACCCUCUCAUACCUGUUCAUCAUCAGUAUGUUGUGACAUCGACUGUCCCUGAAGUGAAAGCCUUAAAAACAGAAUUGCCUGUGAUUCGUGACUUAGAAGGGUCCUAUUAUCUAAGGCAAGAAAGGGAUGGUCUUUUAUUUGGUCCAUAUGAAAGUGAGGAGAAGAUGAAGCUGCAGGACUCAUGGGUAACAAAUGGAGUCCCACCAGGUUUUGGAAAAGAACUUUUUGAGUCUGAUUUAGACAGAAUAAUGGAGCAUAUUGAGGCUGCUAUGGAAAUGGUCCCCAUUUUGAGAAAAGCAAACAUCGUAAACACAAUUGCCGGUCCCAUCACCUAUUCUCCAGACAUUCUUCCUAUGGUGGGACCACAUCAGGGUGUCAGAAAUUACUGGGUAGCUAUUGGUUUCGGGUAUGGCAUYAUACAUGCUGGUGGCAUGGGAAAGUACCUCAGUGACUGGAUCCUUGAGGGGGAACCUCCAUUUGACCUGAUAGAAGUAGAUCCAAACCGCUAUGGAAAGUGGACCACUACAGAAUACACAGCAGCCAAAGCAAGAGAAUCUUAUGGCUUUAAUAAUAUUGUUGGUUACCCUAAAGAAGAAAGGUUUGCUGGGAGACCAACAGAGAGAACCAGUGGGCUGUACGAUUUGCUAAAGUCAAAAUGUUCAAUGGGCUUUCAUGCAGGAUGGGAGCAACCUCAUUGGUUCUACAAACCUGGAGAUGAGACUGGAUACAAACCCAGUUUUCGGCGCACAAAUUGGUUUGACCCUGUGGGUCGUGAGUAUAAACAGGUUAUGGAAAAAGUUGGUGUGAUUGACCUAUCACCAUUUGGCAAGUUUAAAGUAAAAGGCACAGAUUCUGUUAAGCUGCUUGAUCAUCUAUUUGCAAAUGUUGUUCCAAAGGUGGGUUCCACAAAUAUAAGCCAUAUGUUAACACCAAGAGGAAAAGUUUAUGCUGAACUAACUGUCUCUCAACUGUAUCCUGGAGAAUUCAUGCUUGUAACUGGAUCAGGAUCAGAACUUCAYGAUCUGAGAUGGAUAGAAGAGAAAGUAACAAGAGGCGGAUACAAAGUUGAAAUAGAAAACAUGACAGAUGAAAUGGGAGUACUUAGUGUAGCAGGUCCAUAUGCACGACAGGUCCUCCAGAAGUUGACAAAUGAAGAUCUAAGUGACAGUUCAUUUAAGUUUCUCCAGUGUAGACGWCUGAAACUUUCCAAUAUUGCUGUUACUGCCAUUAGGAUAUCUUACACAGGUGAAUUGGGCUGGGAGCUCUACCACAGAAAAGAAGAUUCUGUACCUCUUUACAAUGCAAUCAUGGAGGCUGGCCAAAAAGAGGGAAUUGAUGACUUUGGAACGUAUGCUCUAAAUGCAUUAAGGCUGGAAAAGGGUUUCCGAGCCUGGGGAGCAGAGAUGAACUGUGACACUAACCCCUUGGAAGCUGGACUGGAAUAUUUUGUAAAGCUAAACAAGGCAGCAGAUUUUACAGGAAAACAAGCACUGAAGCAUAUUAAAGAAAAGGGGCUCAAACGACGACUGGUAUAUCUCACUGUGGAAACAGAUAAUGUUGAUCCAGAGGGAAAUGAAAGUGUGUGGCAUAAUGGCAAGGUUAUUGGCAAUACCACAUCUGGAUGUUUCAGCUAUGGUGCUCAGCAGAGUCUGGCUUUUGCAUAUGUUCCCAUGGAAGUCAGCAAAGUUGGACAGAAAUUGGAAGUUGAACUUUUAGGCAAAAAUUAUCCAGCAACCAUUAUACAAGAGCCACUGGUGCUGACUGAACCAACAAGAGUGCGCCUUCAGAGAAAGGGUGAAAGUCCCAAAAUAUAAACACAGAUGAGGAUACAGCAAAUUGUGCAGUAGGAAAUAGUACCAUUAACAUGCAUAAAAUUAAGAUAAUUGAACUAUUCAGGUUUGUUAAUUGCUAAAUACAAGAUCUUUAUUGCCAUACACAAGUGAGAAAUUCAACUGUGUAACUUCCUACUUGCUUGUAUGCACGGUUCGCGUUAGAGAGCUGAGCAGAGCUGAUUAACCACUGUGUGUUCUGCUUCCCAGUACCACUUGUGAGCAGAAAGUGGCAGUGAAUGAGUACCUCAUUGAUUCACKUUCCUCCCCCAUUGACUGCAGCUCUGCAUUAAUCUGUAUGAGAAAGGUGCUCUUGAUGCUGUCCAAUAUCAAAUUCCUCACCCUCCUCAGCAAUCAAAGUUUCUCCUCUGCCUGCCCUUGGGGUAAAGUAGCUUAUCCUAGCUUCUUUACARCAUGAAGAGCCAACUUACUAUAAAAUCAUAUCACUAGUUCUACACAGAAUGCUUCAUAAGGAAUUGAAAGACAUCCCAUCAACCAUUAAAAAUAAUAAAGGUAUUAUUAAAGGCAAACUAACUCUUGAAAUUUUUCUCUGUGUGUCAGCAUGGCAGAAAUUCUCAUAGAAGACCACAAUCUAUCUCUUUGCAAUGCAACAGUUAUAAGCAGUCUGUUCUUCACUAUUUUACAUAAAUUAUCUGUCAGAUUACAUGUAAUAUUCUACAACAAACAGURCAUUACUGUUCAAUUUCUGAACAAAGCUUAAAUUACAGAUGUCGCUUAUAAAAUCUGAAGUGCUAGAUUGCCGCCAAAGAUGGUCAAGUUUAUCCUUGUUGUUAAUUAUAUGAAGCAACAGUAAGAGCCAUAUUAUUACACAGAAAUAUUAAUAAAAAAGUCAUUGAAUUCACAGCAAAGGAGCUUUAUUGAGUAUUAAAUAUUCAAUAACCCAAGUAAGAAGGAUUGGGAUAGUGUAUAUGAUGGGAACACACUAAAUUAAUAAAACAUUCUUC